GGAGCUGUUGGAGGAUCACAACAAGGGGUGGAACAACCCCGCCAUGGGACAGGCUGGGAGAGCUGAGGGUGUUUAACGUAGGGAAGAGGAGGCUUUGGGACACCUUUCAGUACUGGUAGGAAGAAGGGGACAGACUCUUUGGGAGAGCUUGUUGUGAGAGGACAAGGGGAAAUGGCUUCCAACUAAAAGAGAGGAGAUUUAAGGAAAAAGAUCACAGUAAGAGUGGGGAGGCGCUGGCACAGUUUGUCAGGGAGGAGGCAGUGCCCCGUCCCUGCAGACACCCAGGGUCAGGGGAUGGGCUCUGAGCUCCUGAUGGAGCUGGGGAUGUCCCUGUUCAGUGCAAGGAGCCUUUGGUGGGGUUCCUCCACCUCAAAUGAUUCCAUGACUCGGGGGGCAGCGCUCCUCCAGGUGCACUUCCAUGGGCAAAGCCAAGGAUCCCCCCCAAAGGAUCCCAUGGAUCCCAGCCAUUCAUCCCGUCUGGAGCUGGCGAACAGCCGCCUCCAGCUCACAUCUCCACGUGCAAAUGCAUCAGAUUAAAAAAAAACAAAAACAACAAUCAUACUUCAAAGUGCCAUUUCUGCUCCGGGAUCCACCACCCGUGUGGCAGCUGCACGCAGCGGUGCCCACGCACACAAGUAACCUUCCCACGUGGUUUCCUUUGGGUGUCAGCAGCCCCGAUGCUGUGGACACGUCACAUAAACCACCACCGAUCUCCUCGCGUUGUGACACCCACAGAUGCAGUGCUCCUUGGACCUGGGGCCACGUGGAACGGACUCCACUCUCCGGUGCACCCGAGAUUAGAGGAGAUAAGAUGAGAACAAGGCUCUUGUUAUCUGUUUUUCUUCGUGAAAUAGCGCUGCUAUUGGAAAACAAAGCAAAUUACAAGAGCGCGGGCUGUGGGAGGAAAGGCAGCCAAGGGUGGGGCUGGGAUCCCUCCUCCCAGCAGGGCUCUGUGCAGGGUUGGGAUCCCCUCCACUGGAGCCAUGUGUGAGGCAGCCCUGUGGUGGUGAGGAGGGCAAGAAAGGCCGUUGGAACCCCCCCCAUCCAUUGGAACCUCCCCCCCCAUUGGAACCCCCCGUCCGUUGGCCUCAUGCAGCAGUGGCCGUUGAACGGGGUUGGCAUGGCAGGGGGUGGUGGGAGGCCGUGCUGCCCCCAACAAGCCCUGCUGGGGAUGGUGGCCAUCAUGGCAGCGGUGGUGGAGGCACGUCAGGGCGCUCCGGGAGGAGCAAGAGCUGCACCUGAGGAAGAGCAACUUUCUGUUGGCUUUUUUCAGAAGAAUCUGAUCUAUGGCAACGAUCGGCGUGCAGAAAAUGUAUACGUUAAAAUGUUCAGCAACAGCCCAACCCUGGUGUGCAUGGAUUUGUCUCUUUCUCAAGACGAAGUAAUAGAUCCCAAGUAUUCGUGGACUGGCCCAGAUGGGAGGAAUUUAGAAGGGCAAGGAUUUGCGAAUCUCACAGACUCUGGGGAGCUGGUGCUGCUGGGCUUCCAGGAGUCCAUGUCUGGAGCCUACACGUGUGCACUUUCCCACAGAAUCAUAGAAACCUCAGCACAAAAAGAAGUAGAUGUGACCAUUACCUACAGGUUCAUGGUGUAUGCAUACAGGGAAGCCAACCACGUGUACCAGGUCUCGGUCCGUUUCACUUCAAAGGGAUGCGAGCUGGCAGCCAACGCACGGUUCGUGGAGGAGCUGAAGAAGAUCCUGGAGGAUCUCAUCUCCGACCUGACGAGCCGCGUGGAGCGGCUCUCCUACCGCUGCCAUUCCCUCGAGGUUCCCCACCGGGGCUCCCCGAGCGAACUCUUCGUCACUUUUCAGGUGAAUCCCUUUGCUCCAGGAUGGGAAGAUCUCUGCAGCAGCCUUCCACAGGACUGUGAGGACACCACAAACCAGAGAGCUCAGCAGGCAAGAGAGCGAAUAGGAGAGUUUUUCAGGAAGCAGACUUACGCUCUGAAGCACCAAUUUCAGACUGUUCCUACCAUACAUUACGUGGAGGGCAGCUUCUCCGUGACCCCCAUCGACAGCUGCCGCCCAGGAUUUGGGAGGAACAACAUCACCCACCGGAGCUGUGCCAGCUGCUGCGUGGUGUGCAGCCCUGGGACGUACAGCCCGGAUAGCGCUGGCAGCUGCAGGCUGUGUGUGAGGCACCGCACUGCGAGGUACGGAGCAAAGUCCUGCCCAUAAAAGUGGCACAGGAUGCAGAAACGGGACGUGUGAAAGCAUCGUUGGUCUCCUGACGGCCUCCUCAUGCUGAGCUCCUGGUCCUGGAACUCUACGUGCAGUUUGAGCAGUGGCUGAGCUCCUCCACUUGUGCAGCCCUCCUGCAUUUCCUGUAUUCAGGCAUAAAAUGGGGCGUUUAUUCAGGGUAAAGCGAUCUGUGUGUGUCACAAAGCUGCUGGGGGUGAUCCCAAACACCACCCUGUGCUCUGGGGGCACGGAGGGGUCCUGGCAGCAGAGCAGGAUGGGGUCGUGUGUGCCAGAAUCCCACGAGAAGUUUCUCAGGUGUGAAGCACCAAAUCCUCACCAUUUAGGAGCACAAACGCAUUUCUCUUGCUUUUCCCCUUGUCUUUACAUCCUGAAGGUUUUGUCCUCCCCAGAGCAGGGCUGGAUGGUUCCUUGGGAAACCACUGCUGAUGCUGCGGGGCGUUCUGCACUGUGCAUCCACCACCAUGGGCCGGGUGUCUGAGAUGGGCCUUAAUGAAUUCGGCCCUAACGAGCUCUGCAGUGCAGGUGGGAGAUGAAGAAUGCUGCCCUUAUGGCUCAGCCUAUCUGCCAGGAAGGAGCAGUGCAGCAGAGGGAAGGAGGGAGUGUGGACACCCAGGGAGGGACGGAUGGAGGUUCCUGAGCCUUCUCCACCAGGUGCUGCUGCACUCUUUCCUCCCUCCAUCCAAGUGCGGGUGGCGCAGCCCCACUCACUGCACAGCAGCUGCGAGCUCCUGGGAUCGGCAGCGGGCCGAGAUAAGAGCUUCCAAAGCACUGAGAUAACAAGAGAGCUCAGCUCAGCAAAGAUUUGCUCCUGCCCGCUUUGGACGGCGAGCUGCUGUAUCUGCAAUCGAUUGUUUUGCUCAUUAAGCAGCAUUAGGACAGAUUCGACUCCAGUGCUUUCAGUCCAUCCCCACAAGUGCUGCCUUCCCACCCAUCCCACGCAGCACGGAGCUCCAUCAGCCGUUCAUCAGAGCUGCCGCCCUCCUGUCUGCCCCUCAACCUCCCCAGGGGGCGCAGAAUUGCUCCCAGCCCCUUCUGCUCCCCCCCGUGCACAGGGCAGCAGCCCCAGCUCAGAGCACGGAGCCCUGUGCCAUCAGCCUGGCUCUGCACUGCACCAACCCACGCAGAUGAGCAGCUCCCUCUCAGUGACCGCCGCUUCCCACAGCACCCAGAAAUCCCUCCGUGGGUAUUCAUCCAAAAACCGACCAGAUUCUGCCCGGUUCAGCUUAUCCGUGCCGACAGCCGGGCAGCAGGAGGCUGUGUGGGCACAGACCGUGCUCAGAGCUUUACGGAAUCAUCGCUUAUUAAGUGCUGAUGGAUAAGAUGUACAUCUGAACCGCCCGUGGGGUGGCUGCUACCGCAGCCAACUGGACCCCACGCUGCCUGGGGGGACGCAGCAGAAGGGCUCUGCUCCCUGCGCUCCUCUUUGCCAGCAGAGGAAUGUCACAGCCAUCAGCUGUUAGGUGAAGAAGCAGCAGGCGGGCACUGAGCACCAUUCAGUGCUCACCACCCACUCCUCCAACCCCUUUUAAAGCAGUGGGGUUGGAGCAAACUCCCGCAGCACUUCAGCCUUAAGAACACGGAGAAGUGAAUCAAACCUUUUGGCUUCGCACUGAGGAAGAGUCUGUGCCAUCAGAUCAGGGCAGGACACAGUGCACACCUACAGGACAGUACCUUUUCUCUUCCACAACCUCAGCAGCUCCCAAAGAGAGUCCCAGCCCCCCCCCAGGCUCUGCUGAAGCCCAGCCUGGGAUGAGGAUGUGGGAGCCCCGAUGGCAAACAGACAGAUGGACAUGGGCUGCAGGAAGAUGAUGGAGGCUUCAUCACUGCCACCAGCUGGGGCACCUUGCCCCAAACCUCCCCAUGUCCCCACAGAAAGGCUCCAGAAUCCUCCUAAAACCCUCCCCAAAAAUCCCCUCCAGAACUUCCCCUAAAAUCUCCCCUCCAAAUCUCCCCAUAAUCCUCUCCAAAUCCGCUCCAAAUCUCCCCCAAAUUCUACCCAAAUCUCCCCCAAACCUCCCAGCAAUCUCCCCAGUUCAGCCCCAGCAUUCUCCCCAAAUCCUCCCCCAAAUCACCCCAGACCUCCCCAACCUCCCCCCUGGACCCGCAGGGCUCUCAGCCCACUGCCUGCCUGCGUUUUCCUCUCAGCCCCGUCCCCAUAAGGGCAGCAUGGCAGGAUUAAUGCCUCCUUUGCAGGCAGCGAAUCGCCGAGAGUCACUGUUGGCAGCAGUGCCACCGUAAAUGGAUUUUUUUGUGUUGAAAAUAAAUAAAUAUGAAGCUCUGGAGCUGGAGGGCUGCUGGCAAAGUGUGGGUCGGCCUUCAUGACCGCGUAAUCGCCACCAUCCGUCCUAAUUAUUGAUAAAUAUUUUGUAUAAUUGUGGAAAUUAAACAAUUAGACGUCCUUCCUUCCCUCUGCUAAAUCCAAUCGCUGUGAGGCUCAGGACGUGGUCUGGGGCUGGCAGUGGUGCACAGACCCAAAGGGAUUUGCUUCACCAUCCCACACAGCACCCCUGCAAACACGGCACC